AUGGCAAAAGGCAAUUACUGCAAGAGCUUAUUUGAUGAAGUCAAAUGUACUAGAUCAUAUUGGAGCUUAAUUAAAACAGCGACGGAAGUUAAAAAGCGAAACAUCUGUGAUAUUAGCAAAUUAGACGGUUCAUUAACCAACAGUGACAAGGAGAAAGGAGAGGUAUUAAAUGAGUAUUUUGCAGAUGUUUGGGAAAGGCUUGCUCAAAACCUCCUGCAAGGUAACCAACUAAACAUUUACCCUGUGAAUAAAGUAACUCCAACCGUUGCGAAUAUAGAGAAUAAUACAUGGGUGUGCGGAACUACCAGAUAUAUUUCGAGUGUUAAACAUGAUACCUCACGAGUGAGCGCAGCGAACGAGUGAGAUAUCAUGUUCAACAUGCACGAGAAAUAAAUCUGGUAUUUCCAAGCACACAUGUAUUUUUUUGUUUAUUAUAUAAACAAAAUUCAAUGAAAAACAAUAAAACGUCCGUGGCAAUGCGUUUUACAACAAAUGAUAUUUUCACACGUAAAAAUGUCGUAUUUUUUAAGUGUGUUUAAAUACGAUUUUUCUCAGUGGCCAAAAACUCUAUAUAACACUUAUGUUUAUAUAAUAAAUUGAGAUAACACAGGUGCUGGUUUGUCAAGAAAUAUCCAAACUUAAACCAAACAAAGCAACAGGCCUUGAUAACAGUCGGAAACUGUUAAUGCUAGCUGGUGAAUCUGUGGUGCCCUCGUUAACGUUCAUUUCUAAAAUCAGCGCGCAUACAAAUUCAGACCCAGAAAAAUUGAAGAAAAGAAUUCUAAUGUUACAGCAGUUUAUAAGAACGAUGACGAAGCGGAAAAAGGAAACUAUCGCCCUAUUUCCAUACUUUGUAUCCCUGCAAAAAUAUUGGAAACUUGUUUUGCGAAUGCAAUGAUUAACCAUCUUGAGGUCCACAACCUAAGCAGUAACCACCAAUGGGCAUAUAAAAAAGCCACUCAACAGAGUUGUUGUUAA